AACUCCAGAGGAAAGACCCAAGACUCAAGAAACAUGGAGCAAAAUGAACCAAUGAGGAUUGUGUUACUGGGCAAAACUGGAGCAGGAAAAAGCAGCUUGGCAAACGUCAUUUUUGGAGAGGAAGGAAAGUUUAAAGAGAGUGAUUCCCCAAAUUCUGAGAAAAAAAUGUCAUGCAUAAACAGACGAGUUUUCCGUCUGAUCGACACUCCAGGUCUGUUUGACACGGACCUGAACGACCCUGAGAUGAGUCCAGAGAUCCUGAAGUGCAUCGAGGAGUGCGCCCCGGGACCUCACGCCUUUCUGCUCGUGCUCAGAGUGGAGAGAUACACACGACAGGAGCAGGAAGUGGUGGAAAAAAUACUGAAACAUUUCUCUGAAGAGGCUCUGAAAUACACCACUGUGGUCUUCACUCAUGGAGACCAGCUCAAACAAAGGGAGAACAUUAAAGACUGGGCCAAACAGAAUGAGGCUCUGAGGUCCCUGGUGCAGAAAUGUGGAGGGCGCUGUCAUGUGUUUGAUUGUAAAUACUGGAAAAACAGUCAGGAUCCAUACAGGAACAACCAGCUGCAGGUCACAGAGCUGCUCAGGACCAUCCAGACCAAUGUGGAGGAGAAGAACUGGAGACAUUACACAAACAUGUUCCUGGAGUUUGUGAUAAACAACAUGGAGAGGAUCCGGUUCUUCUUUAAAUUUGCAGCAAAAGUCUUGUUGGGAGCUUUACUUGGUGAAGAAUCAUCUGCAGAAGCUUUGCUUGAAAACAGAGCAGUGACUGAAGAAGAGAGCGACCUCUGUCCAGAAGCUGAAACAUUGAGGAUCGUUUUACUGGGAAAAUCUGGAUCAGGGAAAAGCAGCGUGGCCAAUACGAUAAUGGGAGAGGAGCUGUUUAUGCUUUCAUCAAACAUCAGCAAGUCCAUCACCAGAAGAGUCCAUGGAAGAAACAUCACUCUGAUCGACACUCCAGGUGUGCUUGACAUGGACCUGAGGGACACUGAGCUGAGUCCAGACUUCCAGAAGUGUAUGCACAAGUGUGACCCGGGGCCUCACGCCUUUGUGCUCGUGCUCAGAGUGGAGAGGUUCACACGACAGGAGCAGAUUGUGGUCAAUCUAAUACUGAAAUAUUUCUCUGAAGAGGCUCUGAAAUACACCACUGUGGUCUUCACUCAUGGAGACCAGCUGAACAAAGGGAUGGAGAUUAAAAAAUGGGUUGAACAGAAUGAGGCUCUGAGGUCCCUGGUGCAGAAAUGUGGAGGGCGCUGUCAUGUGUUUGAUAAUAAAUACUGGAACAACAGUCAGGAUCCAUACAGGAACAACCAGCUGCAGGUCAAAGCUCUGCUCAGGACCAUCCAGACCAAUGUGGAGGAGAACGGAGGAUACUACUCCAAUGAAAACCUGCAGAAAAUACAAAAUCAAAUCAAACCAAAAUCUUUCUUCAGCUGGAUAUUUGAGGAAGAGACGAGGAUCAUUUUACUCGGGAAAACGGGAUCAGGAAAGAGCAGCCUGGGAAACACCAUAUUUGGAGAAGAAAUAUUCAAAGUGAAAAGUUCACCAAACUCUGAGACCAGCGUCUACAAACCCCACAGGAAAGUGAUAGACGGCAGAAGCAUUUGUCUGAUCGAUACUCCAGGUGUGUUUGACACUAACCCAGACAAAGCCGAUCUCAGUGAAAUGUUUUACCAGUGUGUGCAAGACUGUGCCCCGGGACCUCACGCCUUUGUGCUCGUGCUCAGAGUGGAGAGAUACACACCACAGGAGCAGAGUGUGGUCCGACAAAUACUCCAGUACUUCUCUGAAGAGGUUCUGAAAUACACCACUGUGGUCUUCACUCAUGGAGACGAUCUGAACAAAGGGGAGAACAUUAAAGACUGGGCCAACCAGAACGAGGCUCUGAGGUCCCUGGUGCAGAAAUGUGGAGGGCGCUGUCAUGUGAUUGAUAAUAAAUACUGGAACAACAGUCAGGAUCCAUACAGGAACAACCAGCUGCAGGUCAAAGCUCUGCUCAGGACCAUCCAGACCAAUGUGGAGGAGAACAGAGGACGAUGCUACUCCAACGGGUUCUGGAAACACAUCAAAUACAUGAGAGUAAAAGGGGUCCCUCUGAGAUACCUGCUGAUCGCUUUACUCGGAGCAGCUACAGGAGUGGGUGCUGCUGUUGUCGCUAAGGUGGUGUUUGGUGCCUCCACCGCAGCUGCUCUGGGGGUGGGCGUAGCGGGCUGUUCUGUGGGGGCCGCAGCAGGGGCUUGUGCUUUGGCACCAGAGGAAGAUUAA